UGGCUGGGACAUUUGGGGAGACAGUUUUGCGAACUGAACAGAUGACAUUUAGAAUUUAGAGGGCAUUUGGGGGGACACAUUUUAUAUGGGAUCGCUUGGGGGAGAUUGUACGUUAAGAAUACAGUUUCAGAGACCAUUUUGCGGGGUUUAGGGGGAGGACAUUUUUGAGACCGAUGAUGAGGGUCAUUUGGGGCUAUGAUUUUGGAGGACAUUCAGGAAUUUGGGGGAGACAGUUUGGGAUGCAAUAUAGGCUAAGAUUUUGGGUGAAGAACACUGAGGACAUUUGGGGGACAACUGGUUUUUUCAGCAUAAGGAUAAAUGGCAGGGAACGGUUCUGAGGGACACUUAAGGAACCCUCUGAAGGUGUCCUGUGGGAAGACUCUGGAAGGUUGUGGAGAAGGACAUGGGGCGGCGUGAGUGUCUGGGAGGGCGGGGUUGUUGGGAAGGUGGUUGCUCAGUAAGGGCACGUCCUGGGACAACUUUUGGGAAGGAGGCACUGGGGCUGAUUGGGGAAUGGUUUCGAGGGACAUUGCUGGCAGUGGGGCCGCAGACCUGGAGACAGAUGCUGGGGGGGCGCAGGCUUGGGGGAAGCUGCCAGAACCCCACCCAGGACCACCUCCCACUGCAGCUGCGGCUCAGCCCCACUGACCUAGGCUCCUGCCCACCCUGCGGCCCCUGCCCCAUCCCGAAGCCUGCAGCCAGAGGCAGGCGCCAGAGCCAGGACUGGGGCAAAAGCGAUGAGCGGCUGCUGCAGGCUGUGGAGAGCAACGACUCGGCACGGGUGGCCGCCCUCAUCUCUCGCAAGGGCCUGGUGCCAACGAAGCUGGACCCCGAGGGCAAGUCUGCGUUCCACCUGGCAGCCAUGAGGGGUGCAGCCAGCUGUCUGGAGGUCAUGCUGGCACAUGGCACCAACGUCAUGAGCACAGAUGGGGCAGGUUACAAUGCCCUCCACUUGGCCGCCAAGUAUGGACACCCAGAGUGCUUGAAGCAACUGCUACAGGCCUCCUGUUUGGUGGACAUUGUGGACAGCAGCGGGUGGACAGCCCUGCACCAUGCAGCGGCCGGUGGCUGCAUCUCCUGCUCAGAAAUCCUCUGCUCCUUCAAGGCACAUCUAAAUCCUCGAGAUCGCUCAGGUACAACACCCCUUAUCAUAGCAGCUCAGAUGUGUCACACAGAUCUGUGCCGCCUUCUCCUGCAGCAGGGGGCUGCUGCAAAUGACCAGGACUUGCAGGGCAGGACGGCCCUGAUGCUGGCCUGCGAGAGGGCCAGUCCGGAAACAGUAGAGGUGCUGCUGCAGGGCGGGGCCCAGCCGGGCAUCACCGACGCACUGGGCCAGGAUGCUGCUCACUAUGGUGCCCUAGCUGGGGACAAACUCAUCCUACACCUCCUACAGGAGGCGGCCCAGCGCCCCUCACCACCCAGCGAGGAUGACUCAGGCGAGGCAUCAUCUCAGAACUCUGUGUCCAGUCAUGAAAAGCGAGGAGGUCCCAAGAAGCGGAAGGCACCUCAGCCCCCUGCCAGCACCCCUAUGCCGGAUGAUCGAGAUGCCUAUGAGGAGAUUGUGCGGCUGCGACAAGAGAAGGGCCGCCUGCUGCAGAAGAUCCGGGGUCUGGAGCAGCACCAGCAACGAAGGAAGCAGGAGCUGCCAGAGGCAGAGGCCAGCUCCCUCCACAGCCUGGAGAGACAGGUGCAAGAGCUGCAGCAGCUGCUGGCAGAGAAGCAGGAGGAGAAGGAGAGUCUGGGGCGAGAGGUGGAAAGUUUGCAGAGCCGACUCUCUCUGAUGGAGAAUGAGCGGGAGAACACCAGCUAUGAUGUAGCCACCCUGCAGGACGAGGAGGGUGAGCUGCCUGACUUUCCAGGGGCAGAGGCACUGCACUCCAAGCGACUAAGCCCAUCAUCCCAGGACCUCUUGGCCUCGCUGCGGGAGCAGGUGGCCACACUGACCAGACAGAACCAGGAACUUAUGGAGAAGGUCCAGAUCCUAGAGAACUUCGAGAAGGAUGAGAUGGAGGCAGAUGGCUUGGCUGAGGUCAUACCUCUGGCCCUUUAUGACUCCCUCCGGGCUGAAUUUGACCAGCUGCGCAGGGAGCACACAGAGGCCCUGCGGGCACUGGAGCAACAGGAAGCACAGGAGUCUCCCAGAGAAGAGGAGACAGCCCUUGGGGAGCACAGUGGCACAGGAGCGAAGACCACCAGAAAUGGGACAAUGGAAACAGAACUUGAAGGCACCUCAGCAACAGAAACCAAAGUUAAUGGAGUGGAGACUACCGAAGAGGAGGCCGCAGGGGUGAAAACAACAGAACCUGGGACUUUAGAAGCAGCAUCCACAGGGGCUGAGCCCACAGAAACAAAGUCCAUGGAUGCCGAGUCCACAGAAGCAGAGGGUAUUGGAGCUGAGGCCUUGGAAACAAAAGUCAGUGGGGCUGAGGUCACAGAAAUGAGAGCCCUCGAUCCAGACAGAGGACACCCAGAUGCAGAGGCCAUGGGAGCAGAGGCCACACACAUGAAGGCAGAGGAGCCAGAUAUGAAGGCCCCUGGAGUGGGCGCUGUGGAAACAGAGCUCACGCGCACAGAGACCGUGAACGUGGAACCCAAGGACACAAAGGCCGUGAGAGAGGAGGCCACAGCCCCCGGCUUCCCCGCUGACCCUGCCCUACACCCUGGUGCGGCCGAGGCCUCGGAAAAGUUGCAGGCAGAACUUGAGACCAGGAUCCGUGCCUUGGAGGAGGCGCUCCGGCAGCGGGAGCGGGAGGCAGCUGCUGAGCUGGAAGCAGCCCGUGGCCAGUGCGAGGCUGCGGAGGCCGAGGCUGGCCGGCUGCGGGAGCAAGUGCGUGAGGCCGAGGGCGUUGGGGUCAGCAGGGCUUGCGGUGGUGACACAGUCCAACUUCGGGCGGCCCUGGAGCAGGCCCGGGAGGACCUUCGAGCGAGGGACUCCCGCCUCCGAGAGCUGGAGGCCACCUCUGCCUGGCUGGAUGAAGCCCGGGCUGGCCGGCUGCUGGCAGAGGAGGAGGCCCGGGGCCUGCGGGCAGAGCUGGCCCAACAGGAGGAGGUAAGGCUGGAGCAGAGCCGGGAGCUGGAGGUGCUACGGGCGCAGCUGGCCGCUGCCACGGCUACAGGGGAACAGCAUCGGGUGGCAGCUGCCGAACUGGGCCAAGCCCGGGAUGCAGCUGAGGCCCGAGCUGCUGAGCUGGCCAUAGCCUGUGAGGAGGCUCGAAGGGGCCUGGCAGAGCUGCGGGAGGUCUCUGAGGCCCUCCGCCAGUCAACAGUGCCGGCUGCUGAGCACCACCAGCUGCAGGAGGAGGCCCUUGAGCUGCGGGGUCGGGCAGCCAGCCUGGAGCAGGAAGUGGUAGCCACAGGCAAGGAGACUGCCCGGCUGCGGGCAGAGCUGGAGCGGGAACGUGUGGGCAGCGUGGCCCGCUUGGAGCAUGACCGCAUCGUCAAAGCACUGCAGGCCGAUGUGGCCCGACUAGAGGGGCAGCUGGAGGAGCUGGGACGGCGCCACGAGAAGACCAGCGCUGAGGUCUUUCAGGUGCAGCGGGAGGCACUGUUCAUGAAGAGUGAGAGGCACGCGGCUGAGGCCCAGCUGGCCACGGCAGAGCAGCAGCUUCGGGGACUGCGUACCGAGGCAGAGCGGGCACGCCAGGCCCAGAGCCGUGCACAGGAGGCCCUGGACAGGGCCAAGGAGAAAGACAAGAAGAUCACAGAACUAUCUAAGGAAGUCUUCAGCCUUAAAGAGGCCCUGAAGGACCAGCCAGCAGCCCCAGCACCCCCGGAAGUGGAUGCCCUCCGUGGCCAAGUGAAGGCUCUGCAGGAGCAGCUGGAGGAGGCUGUCAGAGACCACAGUGCAGUGGUGGCCUUGUAUCGGAGCCACCUCCUCUAUGCCAUCCAGGGUCAGAUGGAUGAAGACGUGCAGCGGAUUCUGAGCCAGAUCUUACAGAUGCAAAGACUUCAGGCUCAGGGGCGCUGAGCACAGAGCACUGAUGUCCUCCUUGGCUCCACCCUCGCUCCUCCCGCCCCACACUGGGGUGUCCAGCAAGCACUCUGACUGUCCACUUGCAGCCUGGGCCCCUUCCUGACUCUCUAGCUGUCUCCACCGGGGAUCCCCACUGGUCUAUCUAGACCCCACCCUGACCCCGACCCCUAUCUCCCCCACUGGAGAACCCGAGUCCCCUACCCCACAGGUUCCACUCCAGGAAUAAAAGCUCACAGUGCACAGGACCAAAGCAAGCGUGUGGCAUGAUUGCUGGGCUCCCACUGCAAGGAAGGAGGUGGCCAGAGCAGGGAUUAAGAAUUAGGGUGAUUGCCAAAAUCUCAUUCCCUAAAACACAAUUUAAACAGUCAAAAUAGACUCUAAAAAAUUCACAAUGAAUAAAGUAUGUCAGGACAGGAUGCGACUUCAUGACCCGGCUGGAUGGGAGAGUCCCAGCUCUGCCUCCCAGCCUCUGAAACCCCCCAAGGGAUUCCUGGCUCUUUCCUUGGGAGGGGAAGGAAGGGGAGUCAGUAGGUGCUGCUAACCCCCUCCCCCAUGAAUGUGGCCUGUCCCCAGGUUUCCUUGAGCUUCCAGAGCAGAAAUCACAUGGGGGGUGGGGAAUGUGCCUGUCCACUGAGGGGCUGGCAAUCCAGGUCUUGUGUUUGCUUCGGGGUCUCUGGUCUGGGUGCAAAGCACAGCCAGCAACAGUGGGGCUGCCUCUAUGGUCUUAGAGCAAAGGGCUCUUGCCAUGUAGGUGCCUGGGCCCCUAUGCACCCUGGUCUUUAUCUCUCUCUCUCUGUCUCUGUCUCUGUUUCUCUGUGUGUGUGUCUUUUGUUUCUGCCUAUUUCUCAUGGUCUCCCAUCUCUGUUUCUCUCUUGUCUCUGUAUCUCUGUCUCUGUUUUCCUAUCUCUGUAUCUGUUUCCAUUUCCCUCCCCUUUUAUCUGUCUCUCUCUCCCCUCCCUGUCCCACUGUCUUCCUUAUGUCACCCCUCUGGGGUUUCCCCCUC